UCACGCCACCACGUGACCCAUGGCACAAGCGUAAAGAUGGCGGCGGAGGGUGUGCAACGGGAUGAAAAGCCGCCCAAAAAUCGCCAGAAAAAUGGCUACCACCCUGUCGGAAACGGACACAUACCAAACGGAAUCCCUCAAAAAGGAAGUAAAGUAAAAGAAUUCCAUGAAGAAUUCGAGGAAACGCCUCUUAUUGUGGCUGUGUUGACUUACAUCGGAUAUUUUGUGCUGGUUGUGUUUGGGUACAUGCGAGACUUCAUGAGAAAACAUGGACUCGAAAAGUCGAAAACUGCCAAAGAAAAAGGGAACAAGGGAUUUGUACCACUAUAUGCAGAUUUUGAAAGUUUUUAUACCAGGAAUUUAUACACCCGCAUACGAGAUUGCUGGAAUCGACCAAUCUGUAGUGUCCCUGGUGCUCAAAUUGAAUUGGUCGACAGAGUCUCUGACGAUUAUGGCUGGACUUUCAAUUUUACUGGGACCAAAACAAAAGCCUUAAACCUUGGCUCAUAUAACUACCUUGGAUUUGCUGAGAAUGAAGGUCUGUGUGCUGAUGAAGCUGAGAAGUCUGUCCACAAGAAUGGCAUUGCUGUCUGCAGUGCAAGGCAUGAGUUUGGAACUCUUGACAUUCACAUUGAAUUGGAGAAUAUGGUGGCCAGGUUUGUUGGCAAAGAGUCCGCCAUGGUAUUCGGCAUGGGUUUUGCCACCAACUCCACUAACAUCCCUGUCCUAGUCAGCAAAGGAGACCUGAUCAUUAGCGAUGAGCUCAACCACUCCUCGUUAGUACUGGGAGCCAGACUGUCUGGUGCCACUAUCAAAGUUUUUAAACAUAAUGACAUAAAAAGCUUGGAAAAUAAGCUGAGAACGUCAGUUGUCCAGGGACAGCCCAGGACCCACAGGCCGUGGAGGAAAAUUCUUAUUAUUGUUGAGGGGGUUUACAGCAUGGAGGGAUCAUUAGUGAGGUUACCUGAGAUUGUUGCGCUAAAGAAAAAGUACAAGGCAUAUUUGUAUCUUGAUGAGGCGCACAGCAUAGGCGCGGUUGGCCCAACUGGCAGGGGUGUGUCCGAGUACUUUGGGGUGAACCCCGCUGAUAUUGAUAUCAUGAUGGGGACCUUCACUAAGAGUUUUGGAGCUGCCGGGGGAUAUAUUGCAUCUUCUAAGGAGAUAAUAAACCACAUUCGAGGGUGCUCACACAGUGCAGCAUAUGCAUCGUCUAUGUCCCCGCCUGUCACCCUGCAGAUCUACACCUCCAUGAAGAUUAUCUUGGGGGAGGAUGGCACUAACUUAGGCAAACAAAGGAUACAGGCCUUGGCUGAGAACACCAGGUAUUUCCGUCGCCGUCUUAAAGAGCUAGGGUUUAUCAUCUAUGGCCAUGAUGAAUCCCCUGUUGUCCCAUUACUCCUGUACAUGCCUGCUAAGAUUGCGGCAUUUGGUAGGGAAAUGCUCAAGAGAAAGAUAGGUGUAGUUGUAGUAGGGUUCCCUGCCACGCCCAUCAUCGAGUCCAGAGCUCGCUUCUGUCUAUCUGCUGCACACACUCGAGAAAUGCUUGAUCAGGCACUGGCGGCCAUAGAUGAAGUGGGUGACAUUCUCCAGCUGAAAUAUUCUCGUCAAAAGCGUGACUAGAGUGCCGCCGUGGCCCCACGAAGGGAAUGGCUAGACGGUGCGAUCACAACCUUUGGAAUCCGAUCACAACCUUUGAGCGAACAUUGCUAACACAUUGGAAUCACGAUCAACAUAUCUAUACAUUUCUGUAAAUUUUAAAUCACUUAAAAUGAGCAGUUUUGAGUCCAAACUGUAGCCUUAUUAACUGUAUUUCAAUGUAAUCAAGUGAAGGCGACAUCUUCUUGGGCCGAGGAAGUCGCUGUCAGCGUAGACCGCGACGCGCUGUGUCCCCGAGGGUUGUGAAGAAAAUGCGCCCUGUGUUGUGUUUUAUAAAACCAUUAAACAGCGCAUGAGUGCUACCUUGUAAA